UCAAUGGUUGACGAUGGCCAUGGUUAAUGCUUUUUAAUGAUCGUCAGCUACUUUAGACAUGAUUCCAAAACUGUAGCAAGCAAUGAAAAAAUGUAGUAUUGUGACAGACAGUGAUGUUUAUGUCUAUCGUGACCUGAUAAAAAACUAUUAUUACGGUCAUUGUUGGUAUCAUGUAUUGUUAUUAGAUUGGCAGCGAAUUGAAUAGAAAAUAGAACAGAACAAGUUAAAGCAGAAGUCUCCCGGUUGUAAUCAUCAAAGUAGUCAUCACGUUGCGAUAGCGUGUGAGCUUUUUAAGGUUUAAAUUCCAAAAUCGAACUCGUUUUUCGUGUCUUUAAAUAUAGACUACCAAAACUGUAUUGAGCAUGCUUGGAAACAACCCAAUAUCGUUGACCAAAAUAGCGUGUAAUUAAAAUUUCCCUUUGAAGCAAUGCAAGUGACACGUAUGUUAUUUUAGCCUUAGCAGAAAAUUCGUACUAAAACCUUUUUACUGAUUUGGCAAAAUUCAAACGAUGGAUUCGUUGGUGUUCGUGCUGGUGGACACAGUGCUGGUGAUGAAAUACCAAAUCCUUUUAUUUUUAGUAAUUGUCUACGCCAUAAAACUAUUAGCAACGUCACAGUCAAGGCGCUUGAACAUUCCUGGUCCUUACCCGUGGCCAGUGAUCGGAAAUGUGAUAGAAAUGGGAGGCCAACCUCAGUUUUCACUGACAAACAUGGCGAAAAAGUACGGACCUGUGUAUUUGAUGAAACUCGGAACUGCUGACGUUCUGGUGCUCAACAAUUAUGAAGUCAUCAAAGAAGCAUUGUUACGUCAAAGACGCAUCUUUGGUGGCCGACCGAUAUUCGAUUCAUUUAAGAAAAUUUCUCAAGGUCGAGGGGUUGUCUUUAACAGCACAAUGACACAGGGAGACGAAUGGAUGAAACUAAAAAUGACAAUUGUAAAGCAUGUUCACCGUUUUGUAUCCUCUGAAGAAACGAAAGGAUAUGUUGCACACCAUGUACAAAUGGAAGCCGUGGAACUCGUUCGGAUCCUUACCGAAAAGUGCCGAAGUUCUCCGAACAAAGUGAUUUUUCCAAUCGAGCAGAUCAACUUGGCCAUUGCGAACGUCGUGUGUGCAAUCAUGUUUGGGCAUCGAUACCAACACGGAAACAAGGAAUUUCAAGACCUGAUCAGUUUGAACGAACAAUUUGGAGAUGUUAUUGGUUCCGGAAGCCAGGUCGACGUCAUACCCUGGAUGAAGAUUUUUCCGAAGUUUCGAAACGCUCUAAAAGUUUUCGAUUUUCUCACAAAUCGAUUGAACGAUUGGAUGCGACUCAGAACAAAGGAACACAGACUCACAUACAAACAUGGUGUGAUUCGCGACAUCGUCGAUAGCUUUAUCGCAGAGUCAAUCGACCACCCGGAACAAUCAGCACUUAAUGAUGACGUAAUAAUGGCACUGACCACGGACGUGUUCGGGGCUGGACAAGACACGAUGUCAACUACUAUGCAAUGGGUCUUUGUAUAUAUGAUGCAUUUUAAAGAAUGCCAGCGAAAGAUCCAUGCCGAACUUGACUCAGUUAUCGGCCCCGGAGAACUCCCGCAUAUCUCUGACCGACGGCGUCUUCCAUACUUGGAAGCAGUAAUGCACGAAAUAUUUCGUCAUUCGACAUUUACGUCCACCACAAUACCUCAUGUUACCACACAAGAUACGGUUUUGGAUGGACACUUUAUCCCCAAAGGUAUCCUUGUGUUCAUCAAUCAGUUUGGCGCAAACCACGACCCAAACCAUUGGGUAGACCCCGAUAAGUUUAUUCCUGAAAGGUUCCUAGAUGGGAAAGGAAAUCUUAUUUCUCGUCCUCACGAUCGCUACCUUCUAUUUUCCACUGGAGCAAGGAAGUGCCCUGGAGACGAACUUUCCCGAAUGCUGAUCCUGCAUUUCAUGGCAACAAUGUUUGCAUUGUGUGAAGUUUCAUCUGAUCCCAAGAAGCCUGCUACACUGGAUGCGGUUUAUAAUCUCUCAAUGCGGCCAAAAGAACUGCGGACAAUCGUACGCAGUAGAAACUUGCCGUUCCUGAAGAAUUCAGUCGCUCAGAUGUCCGAAGCCGAUUCGCACGUUCUCACAGUUCCUGGCGAAACCACCUCAUUUUUAACUUCGCGUGUCGAAAGCACUGUUCCAGAUAAUCAGGAAAGUCAAUUUUCAGAUAACGAUUUCGAAAAAGUGGAUACCAAAAUACCGAAACGUAAAGUGUUUUCGAGGCCGACACUGACGCAUGACGACAUUAACGGGAAUAACGUUAGAAAACGUGGGAAUCUCCACCAAAGCGCAAUGUAUAGAAUUCAGCUUGCCACAUAAUUUGUACAGCUAUAGUAUAAAUGGGAAUAAAGUAAUGUGAUGACGUUGUUACAACACAUCAGAGGGCGCGUAAUGUCACAGAGGAGGUGACAGCGGAGUCGAGAUUUUGUUACUAUAUUAAACUUCUUGCCUUUGGAACCUUUAUACCUUUCCUUCUUCAUAUGCAUUGUUGAUACACGCACAAUGUGUGUUUUAUUAUGUAGCGUUUACACCACGGUGGGUAUAGGAUAAGGUGAAUAUGGCUAGAAAACAAAUAUAAAUACAUUAAUAUUUAUUUUGAACACUGCGGUGUAAACGCCUCUUUAUUUAUACAUACUUGGUGAAUUGGUGUAUUCUACUUAUUAUGAUGAAAAAAUCAGUGAAAGAAAUAUCAUAUUACAGCAUUUUAGAAUUUUCCCACUCCGUGAUGUUCAGUUCGAAGAAUAAUUUCUUUUAAUUGUUGCUCAUUAAAACUAAAUAAGCUACCGAGCCUUAUCGACUGUUAAAUUUUGUCAUUUGCUAAUGUGUACUGUACUGUCGAAAACGAACCAGAUUUAAAUUAAAUAUCUACUGCAAUUUAAAACUACAUCUUUUCCACAUGUUCUUAACAAAGCCGAUUGAACACACGCAUAUGUUGCUUUUAAUAAAUUAUCUUCUGUA